CUUCAAAUUUUCAUCUACUUAUCUAUGUGUCUAUCUAUCUAUCUAUCUAUCAAUCUGUCUAUUUCCCUUACAAAGGACUGAGGAAGAAAUACAACCAUCUGCCACACAAAGACCAAGAUCAAAGCAAUAGAAAUCAGCUGAGAGGACGCCCACCUGUCCACUUUCCUAUUUUCCUUUAUUUUUCACCACCAGCUCUGUUCCCAAGCUGUGGACUGAGACAGGUGCAACGAGGACUCUUUUCCCGCCAGAAGAGGAAGGCAAAUAGGUGAUGAUGGAGGGGGAGGAGAGAAACACAGGCCUAGAACAGAAGAAGGGAGAGGAACAAGUACAAGGGAAACAGGAGAAAAAAGAAGUGAAGGAAAUGAAAGCCAAAGAGAAGAAAGGAGGUGAAGAAACAGUGGAAGAUGAUGAGGAGGAGGAUUCAGAGGAAGAGGAAGAGGAGGAACCGAAGUUGAAGUACGAGAGAGUCUCUGGCGACCUGCGUGACAUUCUGAAGAGAGACGCGGCCACUUGUAUCGCUGCUAACUCCAAGCUGAUAAUCGUGGGCACCAGCUGGGGCAGGAUCCAUGUUCUGGACCACCAAGGGAACAAGGUGCGGGAAUUUGCCUCUCACAAUUCCCCAGUGACGCAGCUUGACCUGGACGCCAAUGGGGACUACAUCGCCUCCUGCUGCCGUGACAGAAGGGUAGUGGUGCAGGGGCUGUACACCGCAGAGAACUCCCACACACUGGUCCUGGAGGCUCCUGUGCGCUGUGUGGCCCUCGACCCAUUGUACUAUAAGCCCAGAUCUGGCCGGCGCUUUGUUGUCGGCACCACCAAACUGACGCUGUAUGAGAAGGCAUUGUUUGGUCAGCUGCGGAGUUCGGUGUUGGCUGAGGGUGGCGGGGCAGGGCCAGUGAGGGCCAUGCGCUGGGCUGGGCAGUUCCUUGCCUGGGCCACAGACUCUGGGGUGCGGGUGACGGACAUGGCCACCAAGAGCAUCAUCACACUGAUCAAGAGAGACCAUAGUGUUGUUCUCCCAGGUGAGCAGUACCCACCUCACCUGUGCUGGGCUAAUGAACAGACUCUCCUGGUGGGCUGGGGUGAUUCUGUCAAGGUGUGCAGGGUGAGAGUGCGUUCCACCCCACACACACCUCACCUCACUCCUGCACCUGUCUCUCUGCCUCUGCAUUACCUUGAGAUUGUGUUCAUGUUCACCACCGACUUCUACGUGUGUGGGUUGGGGCCACUGGAUGAACACGUGGUGGUGCUGGCGUACAACAAACACACAGACCGCCAGCAGGCCAGUCUUGGGGUGGACUCCCGGCGGCCACAGAUCAGAGUGCUGGAGCCUCUGCAGGGGACAUUUGAGGAGCUGUCCAAGGAUGUGCUGGGAAUAAGAGGCUUUCAGGAGUUUUUACCUGCCAAUUAUCAUCUUGAGUGCCUGGUGGAGGAGAAGCAGUUUUACAUCGUGUGCCCGCAGGAUAUUGUGGUCGCCAAGCCCCGCAGUGCUGACGACCGCAUGAACUGGCUGCUGGAACACAAUAAACAUGCUGAGGCCCUGCAGCUGGUGAGGGCGUCUCGUGAAGUGCGGCAACAUACAGUGCUCAGUGUGGGCCGGGCAUACAUAGACCACCUGAUGACAGUCCACAGGUACCAGGAGGCGGCCCAGAUGUGUACCGAGAUACUAGGACAGGACAAGGCACUUUGGGAGCAGGCUGUGGUGUGGUUCAACAAAGCCAGACAACUGAGGGUGCUGAGUCCGCACUUGCCGCAGGGGGAAGGGCUGUGCCUCGACCCGGCUGUGUACCAAACUGUGCUGCUCGACCUGCUGCACAGUGACCACCAGGGUUUCCUUCAGGUGGUGCAGCAGUGGUCGGCUCACCUGUACAACGUGGCGUACAUCAUCAAUGCAGUGCUGGAGUCGCUGGCACGGAACACCAACAACCUCACCUUGCUCCGGGCACUGGCUCACCUCUACUCCAAUAUUGACAAGCAUGACAAGGCACUCGCUAUCUAUCUCAAACUGAAGCACACUGGCGUCUUUGCUCUGAUUGGCCGCCACAACCUGUACAGCUGCGUGGCCAAGCAUGUGGUGGACCUGAUGACGCUGGAUGCUGCCGCCACGCUGGAGAUGUGUGUCCAACAUACUGACGCUGUCCCACCGGAGAGCGUCACCACCCCACUUGCAAACCACCAUGAGUAUUUGUAUAAGUACCUCGAUGCACUCUACGAACACUGCCGGGACCUGAGCAAGCCGUACCACACACGCCUCAUCUCCCUCUAUGCCGACUGGAACCGCCCCAAGCUGCUGCCGCUGCUGCUACACUCCUCUUCGUAUGACCUGGAGGCAGCUCUCAGGGUGUGCCAGUCCCGGUGCCUCACUGUGGAGACUAUUCAUCUGCUUGACCGCACGGGGAACAGCCAGGAGUCACUGCGUCUCAUCCUGGAGGAGCAGCAGGACCUUCCGUGGGCCAUCCGACUCUGCAAGGAACACGACGACAUUGACUUGUGGGGACAGCUCAUCAAUUGCUCCCUGGAUAAGCCUGAGUACAUCCGGCAGCUCCUGAACAACAUCGGCACACACAUUGACCCUCUGCUUAUCGUUCAGCGCAUUCCUGAGGGCAUGGAAAUCCCGGGACUCAGGGACGCGCUGGUUAAGAUCCUUCACGACUACCAUCUGCAGAUUGAGCUGCGAACAGGGUGUCAGCACAUCCUGGUAGCCGACGGGAGCAACUUACUGAAGAAGCAAGUGGCAGCCCAGAAUGCUGCCGUCCCUGUUUACCGUGAUACUGAGUGUGCUGCAUGUAACAAGAGAGUUUUAAACCACAGGCGUGGUGGAGAGCAGGGCAGCAUUGUGGUGUUCGCCUGUCGCCAUGUGUACCACCAGCUGUGUGUACCUGAGGAGGCUGGCCAGGAACAAGAAGUUUGUCUCGUGUGCAGAAAUGACAAGAGGAGAAAUUUUCUAACAUUCUAAGAGAGAGAGAGAGAGAGAGAGAGAGAGAGAGAGAGAGAGAGAGAGAGAGAGAGAGCUACGCAUGUUUUU